AUGGUUAAUAAAAUAAAAGACAAACUGAAAGUUCAGGAUGUAGAAAGAGCUGCAAACGAACAUCGUGAAUAUUUGGAGUUGCUCAAACCACCAUUGUUAAGCAAAGCAUAUAAUGAAGAUGCUCCAAAACUAGCAAUGCACGAAAUUGACCGCCAAAAGAUUGAACCUUCUAAUGUUUCACCUUAUGUACGUAACCAGGAUACUGCUCUAACUUUCGCAAAAAUAUCAUCAAAUUUAAGAGAUAGUUUUAUGAAAAAGUAUAACAAAGAUAGUCGUUCUUACAAGUCUAAAGGAACUUAUACUAAAAAUAAAGUAACAAAUCACCAGCACAACAAUCAACAUAAUCUGCACGAUGUAACAUUUCAUAACGUUGAGGACAAUAUGGUGCGAAAAGAUAAUGAAGAAAACACCGACGAUUAUAAAAGUACAGAACAGAAGACAGAGCAGAAGAAAAAACAGAACAUAAGACAGAACACAGAACACAAGAAAAAGCAGAAGAGAAAACAGAACACAGAACAGAAUCCAGAACAGAAGACAGACCAGAACACAGAACAAAAGACAGAACAGAGGACAGAACAAAGGACAGAACAGAACACAGAACAGAAGACAGAACAGAAGACAGGACAGAAGACAGAACAGAAGACAAAACAUAACACAGAACAGAAGACAGAACAAAACACAGAGCAGAAGAAAGAACAGAAGACAGAACAGAACACAGAACAAAAGACAGAACAGAGGACAGAACAAAGGACAGAACAGAACACAGAACAGAAGACAGAACAGAAGACAGGACAGAAGACAGAACAGAAGACAAAACAUAACACAGAACAGAAGACAGAACAAAACACAGAGCAGAAGAAAGAACAGAAGAAAGAACAGAAGACAGAACAGAAAAGACAGAACAGAACACAGAACAGAGGACAGAACAAAACAGAACAGAAUACAGAACAGAAGACAGAACAGAAGAAAGAACAGAAGACAGAAGAGAACACAGAACUGGAGACAGAACAAAAGACAGAACAGAACACAGAACAGAACAGAACAUAG